AUGGCUUCCUACUACCCCGAAGGCGAAUGCUACUUCGUCAGAAGCUCUCUAAGAUAUAGCUCUCACUGGUCCGCAGAUAACCAAGCUUCGUUCUAUAGAACCGUUCUUCUCGAGUACUACUGGAAUGGAUGGCCAGCGACUGGUGUGACCCAAAGAUCCCAUCCCAGGUCACGCUGGCAGCAUGGUACACCUUCAGGAGUCGGAGGCACGCGUUUUGGGGACUGGGACAGAUUUUGGGUGGGAGAGAGCCGAAACAAAUCCCCGUCUGAUAUGCUCAGAAUCCACAGUCAUCCCAACAGCAAUAACUGGAAUGAAUGUCGGGAUCACCAGAGGGGAGGCCCCAGAAAGUACAUCCUUCGUCCAGUGGAAAUCCAGCACAAUGAUACCCAGUGGCUGUGGAUUGAUGCUACUAUUCCCCUGAGAGCGAUCUACUUCCCCGUUGCUUUCAGCACAGACCAAGCUUUCCCUAACCUGUGCACUUACGUGGUUGUCGACUUCAGACACAGGACGCAACUUUUGAUACGGGGUACUGAUGGGGUUCUCCGGAAUUUGACUGUCAACUCCCAUAACGGCCUUGGCUGGCAUGAUAAUCUUACAUGGGGUUUCAACAUAACGGACAUCAUUGCCUAUCUUUCCAUCCCACACAAGCUGCGCAACCCGGACUACGGGUUGUUCACAUCCAAGCAGCGUGGCCAAGAGUUGGUUGUUUCCGCCAACUCGACAAUAAUGUGGAGGUCUUCUUCUGCGACCAUAACCCAUCGGGAUUUCUUCCGCGAGAUGGACUUCGCCAGAAUCCUCAGCGCCAAUUUUGGCGUCGAGGUCGGAUGGAGACCAUACCAGCACAACCCUUUCCUCAGGGACCUGCUCCUCCGCAUCGCUCAGCUAGGCCUGGGCUUCAUUCCAGGUGUCGGACCCAUCCUCUCUGUCGCAUUCGGAAUAGGAGUUCAGCUUCUUAUAGACCCCGACUCGUUCGGAAGGGACAAUGUUCUUGAUUUAUCUUUUGCUGUUCUGGAGAGUGUGAUUAGCUCGGGCAAGAGAUCUCAGAAGUUUAUCGCACCAGAUUGGCUUGCCCAGUGUCCAUGUGGCGGUCAACAGCGAGGUGUGCCGUUGACGGAUCAGCAGCGAGAGGCUCGCAAGAAGUUGGGCGAGGAGAUCAACAACCGUCUGACUGCCGAGUUGAAUGCUCAGCCUGUCAUACGCUCCCUUGAGGAGCAGGAGAAGCUUCUCACUCGGCGGGUUGAGGAGGUUCAUGAUGAGGCUACGGAAACAACCCAGGAGGCUGAGCUGGGAGAGGAGCCGGACGAGAAGCAGGAAGCUGGGGAGCAGGGAAAUAAGGACGAGGCUGAGGCCACUGGCGAGAAACAUGAUUGA